AGAGCUAACUCCGUUUACCGGAGGGCCGAAAGGUACUCAAAGCGACAGAAGGAACCUUUCCUUUUGCUUUGCUGUAGACGAAACCGGUGACGAACAGUGGACCGGUACGAUGAGCACGAUGUCGCGAAUCCUAACAGGAUUUAUUAGCCGUUUUCAGGCUUUUAGAUUUUUAUCGCAUGAGGCACUCGAGACGAACGGAGAGAAAAGCCUCGCGAGUAUACUACAGCAGAAGUUCCCAGAAGCAAGUAACAUUCAAGUUAAAGAUAUCUCAGGUGGUUGUGGUGCCAUGUACGAGGUAUACGUGCAGUCAAGUAUAUUUAGGAACCUUCCGAGAGUUCAGCAACACCGCCUGGUUAAUGAGGCUUUGAAGACAGAAAUACAAGACAUGCAUGGAAUACGUAUUGCAACAGCGGUUCCUGACAAAUGAACUCUUAUUCUCCUUAGGUACCGUUUCAAACACUUUGUGUAUAUCUUGUAGGUAGACUUUAAUCACUGAAACACUUAAAGCUGUAUAUAAGGUUAACAGAGCUAACUGCUCUGGGAACAUUAUCUGUGUUGUUUUGUUGCUGCAGUAAUAAACUGAAGUCUUUACAAAA